AUGAACCUCCGCACACUGUUUAGCAAGCAAUCCACCAACAAAUCCCUUGUCUAUGGCUUGGACCAUGCAAUCCUCAACACCCCAAUCCCGCCGCCAUCCAUGUGGAUGAAUCUCGGCUACUGGAAGGAUACAUCUGACUUCCCGACUGCCUGCGCGGCACUACUAGAUCAGGUCCUGAUUACAGCUUCGCUGAUUGACGAGGAUGGACACGCGAAAGCGCAUCUAGCUCAGAAGAAGCUCCGUCUGUUGGACGUGGGCAUUGGAUGCGGAGACCAGUCCCUGAGGAUACUGGGAUAUAAGAAACGGGAUGGAAAGAGUUCAACAACUGGAGUGACAGAAAAGGGCGUCGACGAGUCGAAGGCACCGCUGUUCGAGUCCUAUGUUGGCGUUACCUCUCUCCCUGUCCAGGCUGAGUUGGCGUCGCAGCGGAUCGAGCACCAUCUCUCUUCUCCAUCUUCCUCUGACAAGGAGAAGGUAGAACGCGACAACACCAAACCAAACUCAAGGGCUCAGAUCUUCUGCGCCGACGCCGCAAACCCAUCAUCCUGGCCAUCGGAACUCCAUACCUCUCUCGGUCCAUUCCAAACCGAAACCGAAACCCAAACCCAAGAUGGGAAAGAAGGCGAAACAGAAAACUGGCUCCUAGCCCUUGACACGCUCUACCACUUCCACCCCUCGCGCACCCCGCUCUUCAAAUACACCUACUCAACCCUCCACGCCAGCAUCAUGACCUUCGACCUCCUCCUCCCCUCUUCCCCGCGUCUAUCCCUCUGGACGCGUCUCCUCCUGCGUCUCCUCUGCCUCUUCAGCGGGACACCUUACUCCAAUUUCCACACAGAGGAGGAAUACACCGCGCUCCUUGUUGCUGCGGGGUAUGAUAUUGGGAAGAUUGUGUUCAGGGAUAUCUCGGAGGAUGUGUUUGCGGGUAUUGCGGGGUUUUGUCAGCGAAGGGGUGAGGUGGUGAGUGCGUAUGGCAUGGGGAAAAUGGGGAAGUUUAAGGGGGCGGGGAGGAUGUUUGGGUGGUGGGCUAGGACGGGGGUUGUUAGGGGGGUUGUUGUUGUUGCGAGGGUUUGA